AGUCCAAUACCAGUGUCAAUUGCGUGGCGACGAAGCAGAUCUGCCUAAAACCAAGGAGGAACUACAGUCUACAGUGGAUCAGUGUAUAUGAACACUAUGAAAAUGGCAUUUUCAAUUUGCAUUGCUUUGAUAGUGACUGUCGUAGCUCUAGUAGCAGGAGAAGUAAAUAUAAAUGUUCUUUUCAAACCCGAAGAUUGCCAGAGAACUGCACAAUCAGGGGAUUACGUGACCGUAACCUACGUGGCAUUCCUCGCCGACGAGUCCGGCAAUGAACGCUUCGAUAAUACGGACAAUACAGGGCCGGUUAACUUUCGUCUGAAUGAUAAAAAAAGUACUGCCAUGCAGGGAUGGCACCAGGGCUUAGAGGGAGCUUGCUUGAGGGAGAAGAGAGAAGUCUUGAUUCCAGCUGGACAACUUACCCUGAACCAUAGACUGCCAAACUCCAAGCCUCCACCAAAGGGAAAAGAUGUUGGCUAUACUUUUGAAGUGCGCAACAUCCAAGACUCGCCCCCAGCUGAGAACCUCUUCAAGAAAAUGGAUUUUGAUGAAAACAAAGAGAUCUCGAAAGAUGAGAUCCGUAGGUAUAUGGAGGAGACCAGUAUUGGAGGACUGGAGAAGUUUGAGGAUCAUAAGGGCGCUAUUGAUCACAUGUUCAAACAGAUGGACAAAGAUAAAAAUGGAGCCAUUAGCCAUGAGGAGUUUCCAGGACCAAAACACGAUGAGUUCUAGGACCUGGACCAGGAACUAGACCAGAUUUGUAGAGAGAUCAAAGGAAGAUGGAUAGAACCAAUUUGAAUGCUUGUUAAUAAUGAAGUGUCCUGUAUUAAUUGAAACAAGGCAGAAUGCUUUGUGUGUGGUCUAAUUCCUCUGUGCUUUAUUUGUGCUGUUUUCAAACCAUUUUAUGCCCAAUAGCAUGUUGCUUUGGUUUUUUAAAGAAAGAUGAAGAACAUUGAAAUUUGAGAGAGAGAUCUAACAUGUGAUUUGAUAAGAAAAUAGAUCAGGAAUUAAUUAUCAUAUUAAUCCAAUGAAAAUGAUUCAUUAAAUAUGACAUUGCAUGGGAUUCCCGUAAGCAUUUAGUGAGUGUAAUGCCAAAGCUAUUAUACCUUUCCAACAUUCAAGCUGACACCCAAAUGUAACUUUAAGGAUAUUCUUGCUCUGGGCUAUGUAUAAAUAUAAUAAAAUGAGAUGCUCUGAAAUUUUCUCUCUUGAGAAGGAAAAUCAAUCAAAUAAUCAAAGGUUUUGAUUAUUUUGUAUGUAUUAAAGUUGGAAUAAUUCGUCCCAAUUUUCACAAAGUGAUGGUAGUGAGGAAAAUCGUCAUGCAAAUUGUAUGCAAUUUUCCUCACUACCGUCACUUCGUGAAAAUAGGGACGAAUUAUUGUCUAUCAUAAAAUUUAUAAGACUGAAUAAAAUGUAUGUAUACACAUUAGUUCUUUCAAUCAUUUGUCAGAUUUUGUUUAAUUCAUAGGCUAACCAAAGCAAUUGGUGAAAGUCAAAUAAGGCUGAAAAGUAUCUUUGUUAUGAAAUAUUCAACGUUAAAGAAAAUAUUACAUACAUGUCUUUAGGAAGCUUAAACAUUUUAUUUACAAAUGAUACAUCUAAAAGAUAUGUGCAUUGUAUUUCGUGUAUAUGUAGCUUUGUUGCAGUUCUUUUUUUAAUAUACAAAGUUACUUUAUUUUUUGUUGGUGUACUGUUUUCUUUGAUUGUAAAGUCAGAAUUACCAUGCAUGUACAAUUAACAUUAGUUUGAUCCAAGAGAAUUUAGGCAAGUUUGUAUACAAAUUAUGUGAGUCAGAUUUGAAUGUACAUGUAUAUUUUAUUUCAUGUGCCUUCCAAGUUGUAAGAUGGAGAAGACAAUUUGGUAGUAAAUCAAAUUUUAUUUCUGAGCAUUGAUAAACAAAGUUAUAUUUUAUGCUUCUUCCAAAUACUGCAACUACUGAUGACAUUAGUUAUUCCAUGCAUGCAUAGAUUUUUUUUUAAUCAAGGGGGGGGGGGGGUGGGUCACCUCCCUGGAUUUUAAUAGUACACAGGAUUGACAGUAUCGAUCUCAUGACCCUCAAAAUAUUUUUUAUAAGGUCUGCUGGGUCUAACUACUUAUGAAAAAAAAGCUUAUGAGACCUAUUAUACUUUUGCUGUCAAUGUGAUUUAAAACUUCAAGUCUUUCAUUAUAUUAUACAUGUAUAUGUGAUAUGCAAAAUAAUUAUAGCUAUCUCCAAAUAUUGGUUAGAAGGCUGUCACCUUGAGCCAUUUGGACUUUUGUGAUAUUUUCUUUUAAGAUUGUGAUGAUAUUUGUAUAAGUUGGUUGAGAAAUUUAGUAUGCAAGAAUGCAUGUGCACAUGAUAAUAUGCAAUCCUGUACUUGCAGAUAUUUAUUUUAGGUCCCAGGUAUUUUUUUUUACUUGUAGAAUGUUGAGUAGUACAUAGUUGAAGAGCAGAAUAUAGAAAUAAAGAAGUAUCAAUUUAAAUAACUCU